CGCACAGCCAGCUGGCUUCCUCGGUUCUCUGUCUGGGGUCAUGGCCAGGACUGCUCUGGACCCUGCUCUGAGGAGCGCAGCCCUGUCCACCUGACCACCCUGUAUCCUGGGCAUCGCUGCUGGGUUUCCUGGCUGUCCCUUCACCCCACCCUCUGCCAGGUUUACCGGUCUGUCUGACAGAGCAGCUUGGAGCCACCAGCUUGGAUGGAUGCACUGAGGCUGCCCCGGCGUCCAGGGGUCUUGCUUCCGAAGUUAGUCCUGCUCUUUGUCUACACAGAGGAUUGCCUUGCUCAGUGUGGCAAAGACUGCAGAUCCUACUGCUGUGAUGGGAGUACACCCUACUGUUGCUCCUACUACACCUACAUUGGGAACGUCCUCUCGGGCACCGCAAUCGCAGGCAUUGUGUUUGGAAUCGUGUUCAUCAUGGGGGUCAUUGCGGGAAUCGCCAUAUGCAUCUGCAUGUGUAUGAAGAGUAACCGGGGCACCCGGGUGGGUGUCAUCAGAGCAGCCCACAUCAACGCCAUCUCCUCUUACCCAGCGGCGCCGCCCCCCUAUCCUUACGACCACGAGAUGGAAUAUUGUGCAGACUUGCCUCCACCUUACUCUCCGACGCCACAAGCUUCAGCCCAGCGCUCCCCACCCCCUCCCUAUCCUGGAAACUCAAGGAAACAUUCCUCCUCCCACAACAGAAUAUGUUCCAAUUAGCAAUUUUACCCAGAAUGAAAUGCCUUAAUUUAGAAACAUGAAAAAAACAAAAAAAGAUUGUCUACUGAUUAAGGACAGAUACUAUAUCUCAGGCAGAAUUCCCAUGCAGAGAGAGACCAGGGUUCCUACCCUGCUCAGAGCUGACGCUAGGUGGAGAAUUCUGCUUGGUUCUAGGAAGUUACAUAGUAAGGGAUCUGCUGAUCCUAGUCAAGGACAGUCAGAUUAAAGCAAAGCACUUUGCAGGCCAGCUGAUAUGCAUGUUGCGUUAGGACUAGCUUAAGGAACUUUCAGUGUUGAAAUCCAGAAUAAAGAACAAAGGAUAAUCUGAUCCCCACCAGGAAACAGGUGUGUCCCACAUAGCUUUAGGAGAACUAGAAUUGGUCAGUAUUGCAUUUGUUCACAAAUACAUACGAAGUGCCUUAGAGUCUAUUCUGUGCCCGGCACCAACAGAGGCACUGCAUGGAAGUAACCAGAAGAGAACUUCGGUUUUACUACAGGCAUACCUCAUCAUGCUGCACUUUACCCUUUUGCACUUUCUGGGUGUUGCCUUUUUUAUUUUAUUUUAUUUACAAAUUGAAGGUCUGUGGUAACCUUGCACAAAACAGUAUCAUUCACCUAGUAGUAGGAGCUCACUUUCCAUCUUUGUAUCAUAUGUGGUAAUUCUCACUAAAUCGCAAAUGUUUUCAUUGUUGUUAUUGUUAUGUCUGCUGUGGUAAUCUGAGGUCGGGAACAGUUGAUACUGUUAACAGUAGUCUUGUGAUCUGUUUUGAACCCUGCCCCUGUAAGGCAGUGAGUGAUAAAUAUUGUGUGUUCUGUGUGUGCUCCCAUGGAAAACUUUCCUCCUUCUGUCCCCCUCCCUUUUCUGAGAAUAGUAUUGAAAUUAGGCCAGUUAAUAAGCCUACAGUGACCUCUAAGUGUUAAAGCUGAAAGGAAAGUAAUACAUCACUUGUUUUAAACUCAAAGCUGGAAAUAAUUCAUCUUGGUGAGGAAGGCUUGGUCAAAUCUGAGACAAGUUGAAAGGCUAGCCUCUUACACCGGUUCACAAGUUAAGCUGUAGACUUCCUCAAGGGAACUAAAACCGUCUCUCUCUGAGCCCAUGAAAAGAAAGAAAAGAGAAAGGUGAGCCAUUGUUUAUAAGGAGGACUCUUUAGUGGUGUGGGUAGCAGAUCAAGUAGCCACAUUCCCUCAAAUCAUAAAGCUUAAUCCAGAGUUAGGCUCCGACUGUCUUCAUCCUACAAAGGCUGGCAGGGGCGAAAAGGCUGUAAGAGCGGGAUUUGAAGGCAGCAGAGAUCAGUUCCUCAAGUUAAGGAGAGGCGUUGCUUUUGAAACAUCACAGUGAAAAGUGAGGCAGCAGGCAGUGAUGUGUAGGCCUUGGCCAGUUCUCCCAAAGACAUAGUUAGGAUCGCCUUUAUGGCUGCAGUAAACCUGGGUCUAGAUACAAAUGAAAGACCCUACUCUUGAAAGACGUGCUCUUUAGAACUUUCACAGCCAGAGGAAAGAAGCCAUCCCAACUCCAAAGCCUUGAAAGACAUGCUGGCUUUCUUGUUAGUGUCUGUGACACAAAUGGUGACUUUCAGAUGAAGCCAAUAUUCAAUAAUCAUUUACCAGUGAAAACAUUUAAGAGUAUGCUAAUUCCACUCUGUCUAUAGUUUAUAAAUAGAACAACCAACUCAAUUUUCAAUGUCGUUUAAUGGAUAUUUUAAGCCAAGUGUUGGGACCUACUGCUCAGGGGAAAACAAGGGUUCUUUCAAAAUUUAUUGCUCAUUGACAGUGCAUUGAUUGUCCAAGAGCUCAGAUGGAGAUGUGCAAAGAGAUGAAGAUAUUUUUUUAUAUUUAAUUAUGUCCCAAGCCCACUCUGUGUCACAUAGAUUAUUAGUAACGUCAACUUCAAGCUUUACUAUUUGAUAUUUGAUAAAGCCUUUUAUAUGAUCAUAGCUGACAUGAGGACUUCUGUAGGCUUGACAAAGUAAAUUAGAUGCAUCCUGGAAAGAGCUCACCAUUGUAGAAGCCAUUAAAAGCAUCCAUGAUUCAUGGAAAGAGGUCUGGAUAUUGAUAUUAAUAUUCACCUGGAAGAAGUUGAUUUCAACCCUCAUGCAAAAUUCUGGUGGUUUUAAGGCUUGGUGGAGGAAGUACCUACAUAUGGUAGAAUCACAAAGGAACUAGAAUUAGAGAUAGAAUGAAGAUGUUACUCAAUUACCCCUCACAGUACACUACCAAAUGAACCAUUGCUUCUUAUGGGUAAGCAAUGAAAAGUGGUGUCAUUGAAAUGUACUCCUGGAGAAAGGUGCAGGAGGCAGAGAUGAGAUGAUAGCAAAGUGUUACUUUUAAGUUAUUUGAUAAGUCAGAAGAAGGAUUAGAGCUGACUACAAAUUUAAGGGAGACACACUGUCCAUUAAAAGCUAUCAAACAGCAUCACAUGCUACAAAGAACCCUUUCAUGAGAAGUUUCAACCCAUACCACAGGCUUCACUGUACUUUGAAGGAACUAACAGCUCUUCAGCUUCAGCAACCAUUAGCCCAAUCACUGAGCAAAUCUCACCCCACCACCACCAAAAAGAUUCAAACCCACUGAAAGCUUGGGUGUUAGUUACCAGGUCUUAGCAACAAAAUAUUUUUAAUACAGGUGUAUACAUUGCUUUGAAGAAACUUAAUAAAUAGUAGUACAGUGUAUAAACAUUACUUCAAUCUGCCCUAGAAAACGAAAAUGUAUUCAUGUCUUUCUCUUGUGAAAUUUGCCUUAUAUGAAAGACAAGCAGCUUCACUGGGGACAUGGAAGAGCUGUUACUGAUACAGGUAGAACAUCAAACCCAUGCCAUCUCUAAGAUAUACCUGUAAAAACAAAACAACAACAACAACAAAACAGUUGCAGCAUUACUGUUGACUAGAUAGCUUGGCCAUCAUCAAGAUUCCAAAUAAAAUUUAGCUAUGCAGUAAAGAAAUAUUCUAGGAAUGAUAUCCAAAAUGAAUAGCAGAUUAGUCCUUUUUUAGCAUCAAACUAUUUUUUGCCUGUUUUGGGUAUGUGUGAAGUGACCAGUUGAGUCUCCAGUAGAUGAAUCUUAUUCAUUAGUUUGAUUAUUUAAGCAAAAACGAAGGUACUCAACAGGUUCUGGGAGCUAAAAUCUGCUUAGUUAUUACUAGCCCUUCCUAAAAACCACUUGGUUUUAGUCACUAGCAUGAUGAAGGUUGCUCCGACUGCAGAGUAAAAGGUGAGAAACCAUAUUCCCAGGAAUUUUAUAUCAGUAAUAAAAUGCCAGAAUUUGGCCAUAUACAACACACUUUUUUUUUAAAGGGGAGAUAAAAUUUGAUUUCUUUCUAUAGAAAUAUGCUCAUGUGUAAUAGCCAAUUUUCUGUAUUUUAUAAACUUUAAAUAAUAUAUUCUUUUAGAAAAACCAUGUAAUUAAUGGAAAAGGUAAGGAGCCAAUUGUUAUCUCUUACCCAAGUAGAGAUUUUCAUGAAGUGCUUACCUUCAAAUGUAAGAGCAGUCAAUAAACAAUUCAAACGUGCCUUAGUCUACUGCAAGUGGCCUUAACACAUUCACUUUUAUGUGGGUCCUUCUGUGUAUUUUUAAACUGUUUGCUGAACACUGGGGUUAAGUGAGAGCUUCAUAUCACUUUAGUGAGGACCCUAAAACAGUCAAUGCAAUAUCAUGAUUAUAAUUCAGUGACACCCCAAAAUGACACUAAGAAACUUGAUAAAUAACCAGAAGAAAUACCUUGCAGUAUAAGUUGUGGAGUUUGUGCUUACAUUUGGGAAAGAAUAUGAGUGAGUAGUGGCUUUUAUUGUAACAAAUAUCUACAUUAGAAAUGUGUUGAUCUGAUGAACAUGGUCUUCAGUGAGGUACUAAGGCUAGAUUGGUUUUCAAUGACUUGCUUGGUUUGGCAGAGGAUAACAUUAGGAAGACAAGAAGCCAUCAGGGGUUCCUGGCUGGAGUGAGAGGCUGCUUUGCAUGAAGUAUUAGCACAGUGUUGACUGUCCAUGGGUUUUAAUUUAUUUUUCUUCUGCAAAUGUGAUUAGUCACUGCUACUCUACAACUCUAAUUCACAGUGCCAAAGUCUCUGGGGUUUGAGAAUGUUGUUUGCAAAUGCACUACACCUUCCAAAGAAAAAGUGGAGCAACAAGUCUAUCAAAAUGGAAUACUCAUCUUCACACUAAUAUAGAUCCACCAUGUGCCUCCUAUGUCCUAUAAAUAUUACCUGCCCGGGAACCAUUUCUGUCCACACCAUCUCUCUUUGAGUUGUUCAUGGUGACUGGUAAGGUAUAGAACAGACCUAUACAUUUACAACAAAUGAAGGGUUUUACUGUUUUUAUUUAGUGUCAUAAUAACGUAAAUGAAUAUAUCAUAGAUAUUUAAAGUUCACUGAUGUAUAUUGGAGAAAAACAAUAUUUGAUGUAAAAAUGUGUGUUAUCGCUAUUUAAAACCUAACAUUUACUAUGGCUAAAUUGUCUAUAAUGAAGAAUAAAACAAAAGAACUUACUAUAACAAGGACCACA